AUGGCUGCCCGCUCAAUCAAAGAAGAAAUAGCGAACUGUCUUGGUCUUGAAGUCGCGUCAAAUCCGAAGCUUUUGGCAGAGUGCCAGAAGAUCUGCGAGAUAUACGGGAUUACACCUCAAGAUCUUCAGUACAAAUGGGAGGCUGCAACCUACGAUCAUACCAAUAACUUUGCUUCAGUGCGUGAGGCUGCGCGAUUCACAUCGGAUUCCUUGGCAGGUGUCCGGGAGCAAAUCAAGCGAGAACUGGAGCAAGGAAGCGGAUCUGCGAAGAAGAAAACUCCAGCACGAUCGCUAGCAUCUGGUGUAGCUAGUAUAAACCGGAAUAAGAUGCCAUUCGCGCUGGGUAGAAACAUCCACGCUGCACAGCGUGUACUUGAACCUCAAAUCAAGGCCGAGCCAGACACGUUCAACAGCACAGAGCUUUCGGUUAGCUUGAAAGGAUCAGGCGUCGUUGGUCCCAGCAUGGUGAAAUUUAGAGGUCCCAAGAGUGAUAUGGAAUCCAAGAAGAAACGAGCGUACCGAUACAUGUUUGAAAGGACAGGCGAAAGAGGGCAAGUCUUGGAUACUCGGAUAGAAGAAAUGGCCGAACUGAUCCAGCAACAUUAUGGUAUUCAAGAGCUCAAUGAUCCUGCCAACUCUACUGAUGAGGAGGUCUUUGUAGUCGGACGGAUCACUCACGACUUGGAUUCAGAGACGAAACUUACAGAAUCUACCCUUAAUCUUGAAACCUCACGGAGACUCUCCGACCAUUCUGGUAAACGUAUCGCAAUUCAAUUCGACCCGGCAUUAAAGAUCAGAGGAGGUGCACAGGGAGCUGGGGGUUUGGGGUUGUUUCCUGGUGCAAUAGUUGCUUUCAAGGGGAAGAAUGGUGGAGCUAGCUCGUUCUCAGUUACCGAAAUCCUGGCACUGCCCUCACUAACGAGCUCACCUCACAUGAAACCAAGUCCUGACGACGACUCGUUCUCCAUGUACGCCGCUUGUGGACCUUACACCUCAGAUACGGACCUCAGUUACAAGCCAUGGGAAGCAUUUAUGCAAGUGAUCAGGCGGGUAAAGCCAUCAGUGCUCACACUGAUAGGACCAUUCGUAGACACAGCUCAUCCCCUCCUUCAGUCAGGUGAAAUAGACGAAGCGCUUUUAGACUUAUUUUACCGCAUUUUCCUUGACCCUUUACGUGACUUCUUGACCUUGUCUCCGGGAUCGAUUGUGAUUUUGGUCCCUAGUGUGAGGGACCUCAUCGGUACCCACGCAGUAUAUCCUCAAUGUGAAUUCUCAAAACUUGUCACUAAGUCUGAUCCUCGCAUUCGACUUGUUCCAAAUCCUGGCGUAUUUUCAAUCAACGAUGUUAUUUUCGGUGCUACCAGCGUCGACGUCUUGUUCCAUCUUCGUAAAGAAGAAAUCAUCAAACGGGGUCAAGAAGUUGACUCCGUAGUUUCGCUAACCUCAGAGGAUAAUGGUGCGGAUCCCUUGGCGAAUGAUUGCAGACACCUUCUACAGCAACGGAGCUUCUACCCUGUAUUCCCAGUGCCCCUCGAUCUCUGUAGUGAGGUCAAUCUAGAUGUUACUCAUUCCGUGGGACUUCGGCUGGAUAAUGAAAUGGAGGACGUGGCUCCUGAUGUGCUCUUCCUGCCUAGCAGACUGCGGCAGUUUUGCAAAACUGUACAUACAACCACGGCCAUUAAUCCAUCGACCUUGGUCAAAGGUGUUUAUAGCACGAUUGACGUGUCCUCUUCGGUCCCUGGGAAAAGUUUGAGGGAGAGAUUGAAAGCGGAGGUGGUCAAGAUGGAAGGAUAA